AUGACUACCGAACUAUUCGAUGUCGUCGUCGUGGGCGGCGGGCCGAUUGGGCUCGCUUCUGCGUACGAGAAGGGAGCUCGGGGACUUGGUUCGUACACGGAAGAUUUCAUGGCCGACCUGGCAAAAGCGGCCAUUGACACCUGGGACAGUCUUGAGCAGGACGCAGGAACUGAGCUCCGCUGGAUGACAGGCCUGCUCAACUUUGGCGAUAAGGACUUUGGCGGCGAUUCCCCUGAGGGCAAGUGUUACUACAAAUUCUCGCCUUCACCUCAGCCCCCGAUCUCGAUCUGUCUUUGGACACUAACCGGACCGAUCCAAAAUCUCGAGAGACUCAACAUGACUUACGAACAAUUGACCGCUCGCGAAAUCGAGACGCGUUACCCAUUCAAGAACCUACCAUCCGACUGGGUCGGUCUCUUCGCCCCGGACAACGGCGUGAUCAACGUCCCGCUUCUCCUCCGCACACUCCUGAAGCUGGCCGAAAACCUUGGCGCGGACGCCCUAGAACAUGCAAAGGUGAACUCUAUCCACCUAUCCGACGACGACACGGAGGUAUGGGAAGUCAAGACCACGCGCGACGAGACGGAAGACGUCAUCUUCAGAACCAAAAAGGUCAUUCUUGCGCCGGGGGCGUACAUCAACCACGUGCUCAAACCCAGCUUCGAUUUUCCUCGAUCUCGACAUCUGGGAGAUGGUGGCAAGCUAUUGGAAUGUCAGCUCUGGCGCGAAUGA